UCGGGGCUUCCUCCACGAGCCAGCCCGAGGCUCCCCCAUCCUCGGAAAUUGUUUUGUUGGACUGCAGUACCGAGGCUGGUAAAGCUCCAGGACUUUAUUAUUAUUUCGAUUCUUUUCCUUUCCCUCCCCUCCUGGGCAACGGAGCAAUGAAAUUUCCAAUCGAGACUCCAAGAAAACAGGUGAACUGGGAUCCUAAAGUGGCCGUUCCUGCAGCAGCGCCCCCGGCGUGCCCGCCCAAGGCCGCCGCUAACGGGGCUCCCCCGGCGCCUCGCCUCGCCGUGUCCUCCCGAGCCGCGGUCGUAGCCAGGAUGGAAGGCGCGGCCCAGGGGGGCCUGCAGACCGUCAUGAAGUGGAAGACAGUGGUUGCCAUCUUCGUGGUCGUGGUGGUCUACCUCGUCACGGGUGGUCUCGUCUUCCGGGCGUUGGAGCAGCCUUUUGAGAGCAGCCAAAAGAACACUAUCGCCUUGGAGAAGGCGGAAUUCCUGCGGGACCAUGUCUGCGUGAGCCCCCAGGAGCUGGAGACGCUGAUCCAGCACGCUCUUGACGCUGACAACGCAGGAGUGAGCCCGAUAGGAAACUCUUCCAACAACAGCAGUCACUGGGACCUUGGAAGUGCCUUUUUCUUUGCUGGAACUGUCAUCACCACCAUAGGGUAUGGGAAUAUUGCUCCAAGCACUGAAGGAGGCAAAAUCUUUUGUAUUUUAUAUGCCAUCUUUGGAAUUCCACUCUUUGGUUUCUUAUUGGCUGGAAUUGGAGACCAACUUGGAACCAUCUUUGGGAAAAGCAUUGCAAGAGUGGAGAAGGUCUUUCGAAAAAAGCAAGUGAGUCAGACCAAGAUCCGGGUCAUCUCAACCAUCCUGUUCAUCUUGGCCGGCUGUGUUGUGUUUGUGACAAUCCCCGCCGUCAUCUUCAAAUACAUUGAGGGGUGGACAGCCCUGGAGUCCAUUUACUUUGUGGUGGUCACCCUCACCACGGUGGGCUUUGGUGAUUUUGUGGCAGGGGGAAACGCUGGCAUCAAUUACCGGGAGUGGUAUAAGCCCCUGGUGUGGUUUUGGAUCCUUGUUGGCCUUGCCUACUUUGCAGCUGUCCUCAGCAUGAUUGGAGACUGGCUACGCGUUCUAUCCAAAAAGACAAAAGAAGAGGUAGGAUUCCUUCCAUAUUCUCUGAAUGUUCCUGAGGUCAGGAGCAUUCUCGUGUCUAGAAUUACCUGUCUCUGUUCUAUGGGAAAGCAUGAGUCUUGUACUAACAGUCCUGCUGAAACAAAGCCCAGAGAGUUGGUCUUGAUCCUCACGCAAGACUUCACUCCGAGAAAGCACGAUCCGUGGGCUUUGGCAGGAGAUGCCCCCUUGCAGUUGGUUAUCAGGUCCCCUGCGUUGGGGGCGAGGGGUCGUCUGCUCAAACCAGAGCAAGCCGGGCAGUACAAGGCCAUAGACGGCACUGCCCAGAUAUGGGGUGACACAGGACUUUCCCUUUUAGAGCCAGGCCAUUUCCAGGCUAGUGGGGACGAGUGGGGCACCCUAACCCACACGGAGGUCUUGGAGGGACAGGGCAGGGCAGAGGACCAGCUGAUGCCUGCUUUGUCUCCGGCGGCAGCCGCCACCAUCCGCAGCAUGGAGCGUCGGCGCCUGGGCCUGGACCAGCGGGCGCACUCGCUCGACAUGCUCUCGCCCGAAAAGCGCUCCGUGUUCGCCGCGCUCGACGCAGGCCGCUGCAAGGCCUCCUCCCAGGAGAGCAUCGACCACCGGCCCAACAACCUGCGGCUGCAGGCGUCGGAGCCGCUGCAGAAGCGCGGGCAGGGCGCCUCCGAGGACAACAUCGUAAACAAGCUGGGCUCUGCCUCCAGGCUCACCAAGAGGAAGAACCGGGACCUUCGGAAGGCCCUGCCCGAGGACGUGCACAGGAUCUACAGGACCCUCCGCCACUACUCCCUGGACGAGGAGAAGAAGGAGGACGACACGGAGAAGGGGUGCAACUCGGACCACUCCAGCACCGCCGUGCUCACCGACUGCGCCCAGCUGCCGGCCGGCGCGGGGGACGGCGUGGGCCCCGCCGACGCCAAAGACGCGGAGCGCGACAGCAGCGCCCUGCUGGAAGCCAGAAACUAAGCGCGAAGGACGCACUGGACGUGACCCAGCCUUGUCUUUUGUUUUUAAAUAUAUUCACCCUGAGACACGUGCCUUAAAACAAGACUUCUCGUUAGAUCGAAAUUACAUAGCAUCGAAGAAGAUAUUUCACUGUGCCAUAAACGACCGAGAAAGCUCGCUCUGCCAAAAGGGAAUCAAAAGAACAAGGACUUGGCUUUUGAUCAUAGCCGCAGGACACCCAGGGCGCCUUCGCGGGCGCGGGAGGUCACGGCCACUGAGGUCCAGGGCACGUGCUGGCGAUGGAUGCGGUGGCCCCGGGCAGCGCCGCUGCGCUCCGGAGGGCGCGAAAGGGCAGCUAUUCCGUAGACCAGCCGUCUGAAAGCAACAGGUGUGUCUUUUAAAGGAAGUCGUUUCCUGAACCCACUGUCGGGACUGGACUGGGAGGUGGACUGGUCCUUGUCACUUGGGGUCGGAGUGGACAUGUUGGAAUGUUGCUCUGAGCUCCGAUUUUGAGACAAAACCGUUCAGUGCAUCCCUAGUCUUUUCUAAGCUCCAGAUGAAUGUCCCUGGGACCCGAGAGCACCUAGAAUUUGUUGGAAGCAGAUGAGAGCACACGUAUCAAAAGGUGCAAUUGCUUUCCUCAUUAUAAGAAAAAAAACAAAAAACAGUCACAUCACACUGUGGAUAUCACUUUAACCAAUGACAGAAGCCUGCUGAAUUUUGUCUUUCUCACAGGUAGUCCAAUCGGACUCGCAAGCAUUGGUGAACACUCAACCUCAGCCGCUGCGUGGUGACGGGCAAAAACCAUGCCUUUUCCUCAGUGCACGGUGCGCUAAACAGGCACCAAAAGGGUGCAAUGGUGACAAUAAACUGGUUUUGAAAUGUUCAUGUUCACUUUUCUAGUGGAACUUCUGUUACAAUUGGUUUUGAUAAAAGGGGGAAAAAUACCAAAACUAUUGCCUUGCAUGAUGCCAGUGGCUUAUUGUCCUGUCUCGCUGAUCCUGAAUGUUUGUGAACAUAGACAUCCUGCAUGUCUGAGACAUACCAAGGAGGACCAUGGCAUCGUUCCUUCUCAGGGCUUCUCGUCCCUUUGGGUGUCUUAGGGUAGACAGUGACACCAGGUCCUAUCCUGCUAUUUGCAAACAAAAGGAAAAGGAAUCCCUCAAACCAACCCUUGUACGAGACAAUUGAAUUGUUUUCAUUGCUUGCAGCUUAAGUGCCAUUACUGCCAUUUUUUUAAAAUAAUACUUAAAAGAAGUAUUUAAAAGACUUUGCUUUUAUGUUUGGGUGUUCCUUUUUUCUGAAAGCAUCGCUCUUUUUCCUUGCUCAUUUCUUCACUUGUACAUGCUAGCCACUAAAAUUACAAUGCUACUGUGAUUGAUUGUUUCUAGGCAAACAGUAACCAACAUGUGGUGAUAAUUAUGAUUUUUUUUCAUGAGGUUAGAACACCCGGCAAAGGAAAGUGGGGAUCUGAUGGGUCAUAGAUUUGGGGAGGAA